AUGCCUCCCAUGCAGCCAUCAGCAAGCCUCCCCCAGUCGACUGAAGAGACCACCUCCCGCACACCAACCUUCGUCGAGACCCCCGAAGCCGCCGCAGAAGAUGUCAACGUUGAUUUCGAGCACGAAGCAUACGGACCGGCGCCCGGAGAAAAGCCUGUCGACCAAUUUGAGGUCCUCAUGCACCCAGACGACGUCGACAAUCCCAAGGCAUGGCCCCGCCCCAGCGCUGGGUCAUCACCAUGCUCUCCGCCGUCCUCGUCCUCAAUGCGUACGUCUCUUUCUCGUCUCUGCGCUUCUCGUCGAUCCUCAAUGUCGGUCUCCUACAGCACGUUCUCGUCUUCCGCGCCGUCCGGCAUCAUCCCGCAAAUGAAGGAGGAGUUCGGGUUCGGCAACGAGGUGGCAGUUCUCACCAUCUCUCUUUUCGUUGCCGGCUAUUGCCAAGUCGGCCGGCGCCCGGUGUUCAUCGGCUCCUUCGUCGUCUACACCAUCUUCCAGAUCGCGUGCGCCGUCGCGCCCAACACCGCCGCGAUCCUCAUCUUCCGCUUCCUGGGCGGUACAUUCGCUGCGGCACCCCUGGCGAACAGCGGGGCCGUCAUCUCGGACAUAUGGGACGCGGACACGCGUGGCAAGGCGCUCGCGUUGUUCACCCUCGCGCCUUUCGCAGGUCCGUCGCUGGGUCCGACCGUCAGCGGCUUCAUGGCUGUGGCUGGCGUCAAGUGGGAGUGGGUGUAUUGGUUGCAGGCGAUCUUCGCAGGUGUAUGCACGAUCGCGAUCGUCUUCUUCCUCCCCGAGACCUACGCGCCGAUCAUCCUCGUCAAGCGUGCGCAGAAGCUCCGGAAGGACACGGGCAACGACCGCUACUGGGCGCCGCUGGAGCGUAACAACCUCGAGAUCCUGCCGCACAUCCGCCACGUCCUCUCCCGGCCAUUCGUCGUCCUCGCCAACGAGCCCAUGCUCGUCGCCAUCACCCUCUACAUGAGUUUCGUCUACGGAGUCAUCUACCUCCUCUUCGAGGCGUAUCCGAUCGUCUUCACAGUCGGCCACGGCUUCAACGCCGGCCUCACUGGGCUCACCUUCCUCCCCAUCUUCGUCGGCGGCGCCAUCGGCGUCGGCGCGUACCUCCUCUUCUUCAACCCCCGCUACCAGCGCGCUAUCGCCGAAUUCGCACCGCACCCCGUCCCGCCCGAAUACCGCCUCGAGAUCUGCAUGUGGGCCGCCCCGAUCUACACCCUCUCCUUCUUCUGGUUCGGCUGGACGUCCUUCCCCUCCGUCUCCUACUGGGCCCCGCUCCUCUCCGGGCUCCCGAUGGGCGUCGCCGUCAUCUUCCUCUUCCUCGGGCUCUUCAACUACGUGAUCGACGCGUACCUGUUCGUCGCGGCGUCGGCGCUGAGCGCGAUGACGGUCGUGCGCAGCCUGUUCGGGGCCGGGUUCCCGCUGUUCGCGACGCAGAUGUACGAGACGCUGAACCCGCGGUGGGCGAGCACGCUCCUGGGCCUGCUCGCGCUCGUGAUGACGCCGAUCCCGUUCGUGCUGCGGCGGUACGGGCACCACCUGCGGCGGCGGUCGAAGUACGCGCCGACGGGGGACGGGCCGCGGAAGCCGUCACGGCCGGCGUCGGUCGAGGGGGAGAAGGCCUCGGCGUGA